CUUCUCCACUUACGUGGACGUACACAAUAAGGCAAUCCACAUUCACAAUUCACCAAAUCAUCCUCUUUCGUCUUCCAUAAUUACACAUCUGCCACUUCCGUCCACACUUCGCAAAAAGCUCACUUCCUUUACUCUCCCUCUGCUCCACAGCUCUCUCUCUCUCUCUCUCUCUCUCUCAUCCAUGGCUUCUCUGCAAACCCAUCAUCACCAUCUCCAAUUUCACCGCUGUUUCUCUUCACUCCCAUCGACACUCUAUUAUCUAAGAAACCGUAAGCUCUCUCAGCGUUUCUCGGCACCCUCGGUUUCUAGGAAAGUUAGGGUUUUGGCUUCCAGAGUAAACUUCAGAGGCAAAUUUUGCCCAUGCAAAGCUGGUACGGAGAUUGGAAAGGUUUCGGUUGAGGAAGAAAUCGAACGGCCUCCGUUCGAUAUCAAUCUGGCUGUUAUUCUUGCCGGUUUUGCAUUCGAGGCCUAUACUAGCCCUCCCGAAAAUGUUGGUAGGCGAGAAGUUGAUGCUGCAGAUUGCAAGACAGUCUAUCUGUCAGAGUCAUUUGUACGUGAUAUAUAUGAUGGCCAAUUGUUUGUAAAAUUGCAAAAGGGUUUCAAUCUUCCUGCCAUGGACCCAUGGGGGACUAGUGAUCCUUAUGUCGUCAUGCAAUUGGACGGUCAAGUAGUCAAAAGCCAGAUUAAAUGGGGGACAAAAGAGCCAACGUGGAAUGAGGACUUCACUUUCAAUAUCAAGCAGCUGCCAAACAAAAAUCUUCAGAUUGCAGCUUGGGAUGCAAACCUUGUAACUCCACAUAAACGCAUGGGGAAUGCAGGCAUCAGUCUUGAACAUGUCUUUGAUGGGAACUCGCAUGAGGUAGUGGUUGAAUUGGAAGGAAUGGGAGGUGGGGGAAUGUUACAAUUAGAGGUGAAGUAUAAAACUUUUGAUGAAAUUGAGGAGGAAAAGAAGUGGUGGAGGGUCCCAUUUGUUUCAGAAUUUUUGCGUCAAAAGGGUUUUGAGGCUGCUUUUCAAAAGUUUGUUGGCUCGGAAACUGUCCAAGCACGCGAGUUUGUGGAAUAUGCUUUUGGGCAGUUGAGGUCCUUCAAUGAUGCAUACCUUGGGAAGGAUAAGCUUUUAAACAGUGCUACCACAGAAGGCAGUGGAGAAUCUAAUAAUCUUACACUUCUGACAGACAUUUCUACACAGAUGGAGAUUACUGUUGACGACCCUUCGAAAGGCACAAGUGAAGAUAUCGGGAACAAUUUAGAGGAUUUUAACAGAGACUAUGAUGGAGUGGGCAAUGGAGAUGCCCCUGUUCCAGUAAAAAAAAUUGGUGAGGAAAUGCAAUCGGAUAAGCAUUUCUGGAAGAACUUUGCAAAUGUUAUCAAUCAAAAUGUUGUUCAGAAACUUGAUCUCCCAAUUAUGGAUAAACUGAAGUGGGAUGGAUAUGACUUAUUAAAUAGAAUUGGUUUACAGUCAAGAAGGAUAGCCGAAGCAGGCUAUAUUGAAUCAGGACUUGCAACUCCAGAUGGAAUGGAUGAUGAUAAAGAUAAAGAAAAUGGAUCACUUGCCAUUAACACGAUUCAGUCUUCACUACCAGAUAUAAGGAAAGCAACAGAGGAUCUAUUGAGGCAAACCGAUUCUGUUUUAGGUGCAUUAAUGGUUUUGACUGCUGCAGUUUCUAAAUCAAAUAGGGAAGCACGUCUUUUUGGAAAGGGUGACUCUAAGCAAGAGGAUGCUUCCAAUGUGAAAGAUGGUAUUUUAAAAUAUUCCAAGAGGGGGGAGCUUGGUAGCUUACAAGAUGGAUCACUGUUGGAUGAAAAUAAAGCCAAGGAGAUGAAAGCACUCUUUUCAACUGCAGAAACUGCCAUGGAGGCUUGGGCAAUGCUUGCUACUUCACUGGGACAUCCAAGUUUUAUAAAAUCUGAAUUUGAGAAGAUAUGUUUCUUAGAUAAUUCAACAACUGACACACAAGUGGCAAUUUGGCGAGAUUCUGUGCGGAGAAGAUUAGUUAUUGCUUUUCGGGGAACAGAACAGGCAAGAUGGAAAGACUUGAGAACGGAUCUAAUGUUGGUUCCUGCUGGGCUAAAUCCUGAAAGGAUAGGCGGAGACUUCAAGCAAGAAGUUCAGGUUCACAGCGGUUUUUUAAGUGCAUAUGAUUCAGUCAGGAUAAGGAUCAUCUCUCUCAUUAAAUUGGCUAUUGGUUAUAAUCUUGAAGAUAAUGCUGAUCCACUACCCAAAUGGCAUGUUUAUGUGACCGGACAUAGUCUAGGUGGUGCAUUGGCUACCCUUCUUGCUCUUGAACUUUCGUCAAGCCAACUGGCAAAGCGUGGGGCGAUUUCUGUGACCAUGUAUAACUUUGGAUCUCCUAGAGUUGGUAACAGAAGAUUUGCAGAAGUUUAUAAUCAGAAAGUUAAAGAUAGCUGGAGAGUUGUAAACCACAGAGACAUUAUACCUACAGUUCCGCGCUUGAUGGGCUAUUGUCAUGUAGCUCAACCUGUUUAUUUAGCAGCAGGCGAUCUAAGAAAUGCUUUGGAAAAUUUGGAGCUUAUGGGAGAUGAUUACCAGGGUGAUGUGCUUGGGGAGUCCACACCAGAUGUACUUGUCAGUGAAUUUAUGAAGGGUGAGAAGGAACUUGUUGAAAAAAUACUACAAACCGAAAUAAACAUAUUCCGAUCAAUCAGAGAUGGCAGUGCACUUAUGCAACAUAUGGAGGAUUUCUAUUACAUCACAUUACUAGAGAAUGUGAGAUCUAAUUACCAAACUGUUGCAAGGUUCAACUCCAAUGAAGGAGACAGCCAACAAUCAACUGAGAUUUAGCAUCUCUAGUAAUACUUACUUGUGUUAAUAUUUUGUAUAGCAAUGGUAUAUGAUUGCAUCAUGAUUCUUUCUUUUUUUUUUUUUUUUUUCCCCUGUUAUAUUAUCCUUAAGUACAUUGAAUUGUACUUGAAAAUCUUUCCUUACUACAGUCCAACUUAUAGACAUAACAUUGCUAGGCAUGCAUAGAUAAUGUAUUUCAAUAAACAUAUCAAAUUGUAGAUAUUAGUUUCA